CAACUCGAUUGUGUGAUUGUAUAUUUAUCUCCACUUCCGUCACAUCCUUGAAGCCAUCUGGAACCGGCGACCUGCAUCGACACAUCACUUCACUGCGCGCAACCAUGGCUUUCGGCAGAUCUAAUUCAUUAAGUCUGAAUACUGGUGCUGCAAACUCCCUGUUGUACGUAAACGAUACCUAAACAUGCGUCGAUCGGCCAUCACCUUCAUCCCAGGCGCGCUGACGAUUGUCCCUUCCUCAAACAGCGGCAACACCGCUGCCUCCAACACACAGCAGUCCCAGCCGAGCACUACCGGCCUGUUUGGCGCCGCACCUGCAGCUUCCUCUCAACCACAGCAAUCUGGCGGCCUCUUCGGCUCUGCUGCUCCGACAUCACAACCUCAGCAGUCGGGUGGUCUCUUUGGAGCCGCCAACAACACUGCUCAACCUGCAAAACCCACCCUCAGUCUCUUUGGAAACAACUCAGCUACUGCCUCGAGCACACAACCACAGCAACAACAAUCAGGAGGUCUCUUUGGAGGUGUAACCGCCAACAACAAUAACACAACGAAUACCGGCGGCAUGUUUGGACAAUCUAGCAACCAGUCUCAACCCCAGAACAAGCCUACUAUGUUCGGUGCCACGAACACCGGCUUGAGUAUGUUUGGAGGCAGCGCCGCCCAACAAUCAAACAACAACAACAACUUCGGAUCGUCGCUUCUAAAUCCUCUCGGCAACUCAACUACCAGACCUCUAGCUGGAACCCUCACAAUGGGCCAGAACAACACCCAAAACAGCACGCAACCCGGUGUCAAGAUCGACAUGUCAAACCUACGUCCGACUACGCGCUUCAGUGACCUGCACGACGACCUCAAGAAAUCAAUCGAGUCCAUCGACGCCUUCAUUAGACAACAAGAGUCGUUUGCUACACAAUGCGAGGGUAUGAUUGGUCGCCACGCCGCAGAUGUCGAGAGCAUCAAGCCCGACGUCGACCUCAUCCAGAACAAGAUCGAGACGGUCGAGCUUGCCCUUGAGAAUGACGGAGCAGCUAUCGAGAAUGCAAAGGAACUGGUCCAGAGAGACGCUAGCGACCUUAUCAGGGUUGCGCGCAUGGCCGAGAACUUGCAACUCCCUCAACAAUAUCACUACGGAAGAAGCAGUAGACCUUCAUCUACCGACGACGAGUACGACAUUGAUCUGGUUGGCUACUUUGGCAAGCAGGCCGAAGUCAUGCAAAAGACCCUCGACACAUACACCUCUCACCUCGCUGAGAUCGAAGCCCAUCUUCGUGUUGUGGAAGGAAGUACCGUACACCAAGCACAUCAACUUGCUGCUCAAAGGGCAGGUGGCCGUGCUGGCAACAGUGCGGAUAAUGUACGGGAGUUGGCAGAAACUCUUCGCGGCUUCGAGAGUGGUAUUCUGGGUGCCGCAGGUCUGGUCGGCUCCUGCAGAGAGGGCGUUAAUGAGCUGAUACUCGGCAAAAUCAGCAACGAUCCCCGAGAAAGUGUCGGAUACGGAGGUAGAAGAUCUGUCAGAUUCUAAGCAGUCUUAGAAAUGCAAGAGGAGGAGCUUAUUGAGCAGCUCUUCGUUUGGGUUGACGUCAAGCACCUGUCAGAUCAAGUGCCACGCCUAUCGUGAUCAGAUAGUCAUUAUGAAACCAGACACGUGCCUCAUACACGUGAUCAACCACGAUAAGAAAGGCAAGAUUCGAGACUUGAGACGCGAUCAAAGAGACGCCAUUUCCAGGGCGAAUUGUGCAAUCGCUCAUGUGUUUCGCACCAUUCGCGCCAACCCCAGAUUUCCAAGAAGCAACGACCAUGUCCACCCGGUUCGCACCUCCUUCUUUCGAUCUUCGAGUCGACUCUCUGAGAUGGACCAUCAACUGUCAGUGGAAUGUAUAUCGAGCUCAGACCUAUGAUUGUUAAGCCACUUUGCGUUCUAGGCGCACUUAUGCCUACGAGAUGGAUUGUUUGAUGGCAGUCUCCGCCAGUAUCAACGGCCGCACGGUCUUUCCAGUCAAGCACGCG